GGGCUUCUUGCCUGGGGCUCCCAGGGACACUCAGCCCCUCCGUGGUUGGUGGGGACAGACCUGGGCACGGGACAUAAGGGAGGGGCCCGGGGCGGAAGAGUGAGGCUGUGUGUGCCCGUCACGCCUGGGGUCUCUGUGCACUGUCAGACCCCAGCGAGCUGGCGUUUGCCCCUCCACCCAGAGGAGGAGACUACGGUCACUGUGUCGCUCCACCCCUAACUGCCCCCUCUGUUAUCGGGUUGUUAAUAUUAAUUAACAACAGUUGCUAAGGAUGACUUGCAAGGGUGUGUCCCAGCCAGAGCUGGCCUGGACCCAAGAGGGCACUGGGGAGACUGGGGGGUCUGAGGCUGGGUCUUGGGGGUGCGAACGGAGGUUCGGAGGGCCGGUGCCCAGUCCCAGCCACGUCUCCCACGUGUCCCUGGGCCUGGGACCUCCUGCAGCAGAGGCCACUUGGGGAGCUCACGGGAGGUCUCUGGCUCGCUCAGCCCUCUGGCCUUGGUCACUUUGGGAAGUGGGUGAAGGGGACACCCCGGGAGGCUCAUCUGAGAGGGUGGAGCCAAAGGUGGGAGGGACAAGUGAGGUGGAUCAUUAACCAGCUGGGAGCCCUGGGAGGUGCAGGCCUCAGCCCCAUUGGUCCCCAACGCAAUCGGGUGACACUGUCCCGGGUAGGGAAGCCACCUCGUAGGCCGUCCCCAGUUUUAGUAUAUGUAAGGCCACAGUGAGCUCUGUGUGUUGCCAGGAGCCAGCCCUUGGCUGUCCCCAAGUCCUGGCCUCACUUACCCUCUGACCCCUUCCCAGUGCCAGGAUGGUGGAGGUCGGCCUGAAGGGCUGGCUGCUCUGGGCCCUGCUCCUGAAGUUGGCCCAGAGCGAGCUGUACACGCCCAUACACCAGCCCGGAUACUGCGCCUUCUACGACGAGUGCGGGAAGAACCCAGAGCUGUCUGGAAGCCUGGCUUCACUGACCAACGUGUCCUGCCUGGACAACACGCCUGCCCGCCACGUCACGGGUGACCACCUGACCCUCCUACAGAGCAUCUGUCCCCGCCUCUACGCCGGCCCCAACACCACCUAUGCCUGCUGCUCCCCCAAACAGCUGGUGGCCCUGGACAUGAGCCUGGGGGUCACCAAGGCCCUCCUCACCCGCUGCCCUGCCUGCUCUGACAACUUCGUGAGCCUGCAUUGUCACAACACCUGCAGCUCCAACCAGAGCCUCUUCAUCAACGUGACCCGAGUGGCCGGGCAGGGGGGCCGCCAGCCCCGGGCGGUGGUGGCCUACGAGGCCUACUACCAGCGCAGCUUCGCCGAGCGGACCUACGACUCCUGCAGCCGGGUGCGUAUCCCUGCCGCCGCCACGCUGGCGGUGGGCUCCAUGUGCGGCGUCUACGGCUCUGCCCUCUGCAACGCCCAGCGCUGGCUCAACUUCCAGGGGGACACGGGGAACGGCCUGGCACCCCUGGACAUCACCUUUCACCUGUGGGAGCCUAGCCAGGCCGAGGGGAGCGUGAUGCAACCUCUGAACGAUGAGGUCGUGCCCUGCAACCAGUCCCAGGCCUACGGCGCGUCGGCCUGCUCCUGCCAGGACUGCACUGCUUCCUGCCCCGUCAUCGCCCGGCCCCAGGCCCUGGACCCCACCUUCCACCUGGGCUGGAUGGUAGGGAGCCUGGCCCUCGUCCUCAUCCUCUGCUCUCUCUUCGCCUUGCUCACCACCUUCCUCCUGUGGCCCCGCCUAGCCCGGUGGUGCCACCGCAAGACGCCCAACCCCAAGGCAAGCAUCGGCCUCUCCCACCGGCUCAGCCUCUCCACCCACACCGUCCUCAGCCAGUGCUUCCAGCGCUGGGGCACGUGGGUGGCCUCGUGCCCAGUGACCAUCCUGGUGGUGUCCGCUGUUGUGGUAGUGCCCAUGGCAGGGGGCCUGGCUUUUAUAGAACUGACCACAGACCCCGUGGAGCUGUGGUCAGCCCCCAGCAGCCGAGCCCGAAGUGAGAAGGCAUUCCACGACGAGCAUUUUGGCCCCUUCUUCCGAACCAGCCAGGUGUUCUUGACGGCACCUAGCCGGCCCCGCUACAGCUAUGACUCCCUGCUGCUGGGGCCCAAGAACUUCAGCGGGAUCCUGUCCUCUGACCUGCUGCUGGAGGUGCUGGAGCUGCAGGAGAGGUUGCGGCACCUGCAGGUGUGGUCGCCAGAGGAGCAGCGUAACGUCUCCCUGCGGGACACCUGCUACGCCCCCCUCAACCCGCACAAUGCCAGUCUCUCCGACUGCUGCGUCAACAGCCUCCUGCAGUAUUUCCAGAACAACCGCACGCGCUUGCUGCUCACGGCCAACCAGACGCUGUCGGGGGAGACCUCCCAGGUGGACUGGAAGGACCACUUUCUCUACUGCGCCAACGCCCCCCUCACCUACAAAGACGGCACGGCCCUGGCCCUGAGCUGCAUGGCUGACUACGGGGCGCCCAUCUUCCCUUUCCUCGCCGUGGGGGGCUACCAAGGGAAGGACUAUUCUGAGGCGGAGGCCCUGAUUAUGACCUUCUCCCUCAACAAUUACCUUCCUGGGGACCCCCGGCUGGCCCAGGCUAAGCUCUGGGAGGGGGCCUUCUUGGAGGAGAUGCGAGCCUUCCAGCGUCGGACGGCUGGUGUGUUCCAGGUCACAUUCAUGGCGGAGCGCUCCCUGGAGGAUGAGAUCAACAGCACAACAGCUGAGGACCUGCCAAUCUUCGCUGUCAGCUACCUCAUCAUCUUCUUGUACAUCUCCCUGGCCCUGGGCAGCUACUCCAGCUGGCGCCGAGUACUGGUGGACUCCAAGGCCACGCUGGGCCUGGGCGGGGUGGCUGUGGUGCUGGGAGCAGUCAUGGCUUCCAUGGGCUUCUUCUCCUACCUGGGUGUCCCCUCUUCACUGGUGAUCCUCCAAGUGGUGCCCUUCCUGGUGCUCGCCGUGGGGGCCGACAACAUCUUCAUCUUCGUUCUCGAGUACCAGAGACUGCCACGGAGGCCUGGGGAGGGACGGGAGGCCCACAUCGGCCGAGCCCUGGGCAGAGUGGCCCCCGGCAUGCUGCUCUGCAGCCUCUCCGAGGCCAUCUGCUUCUUCCUAGGAGCUCUGACCCCCAUGCCAGCUGUGCGGACCUUUGCCCUGACCUCCGGCUUUGCGGUGCUUCUCGACUUCCUGCUGCAGAUGUCGGCCUUCGUGGCCCUGCUCUCCCUUGACAGCAGGAGGCAGGAGGCCUCCCGGCUGGACGUCUGCUGCUGCAAGAGCGCCCGGGAGCUGCCCCCGCCUAGCCAGGACGAGGGGCUACUGCUCCGAUGCUUCCGCAAGUUCUACGUCCCGUUCCUGCUGCACCGGUUCACCCGUGUGGUCGUGAUGCUGCUCUUCCUGGCCAUGUUUGGAGCAAGUCUCUAUUUCAUGUGCUACGUCAAAGUGGGGCUGGACCAGGAGCUGGCCCUGCCCAAGGACUCGUACCUGCUUGACUAUUUCCUCUUUCUGAACCGCUACUUUGAGGUGGGGGCCCCAGUCUACUUUGUAACCACUGGGGGCUACAACUUCUCCAGUGAGGCAGGUUUGAACGCCAUCUGCUCCAGUGCAGGCUGCAACAACUUCUCCUUAACCCAGAAGAUCCAGUAUGCCACUGAGUUCCCUGAUGAGUCUUACCUGGCCAUCCCUGCGUCCUCCUGGGUGGACGACUUCAUUGACUGGCUGUCUUCAUCUUCCUGCUGCCGCCUUUAUGUCUUUGGCCCCAAUAAAGAUGAGUUCUGCCCCUCGACUGUCAACUCCCUGGCCUGCUUGAAGAAGUGCAUGAAACCCACAGCAGGGUCUGUCCGGCCAUCAGUGGAGCAGUUCCACACGUAUCUUCCCUGGUUCCUGAACGAUGAGCCCAACAUCAAAUGUCCCAAAGGCGGCCUGGCAGCGUACAGCACCUCCGUGAACUUGGGCCCAGAUGGCCAGGUCUUAGCCUCGCGGUUCAUGGCCUACCACAAGCCGCUGAAGAACUCUCAGGAUUACACGGAGGCUCUGCGGGCAGCUCGGGCGCUGGCAGCCAACAUCACCGCCGACCUGCGGAAGGUGCCGGGCACCGACCCAGACUUCGAGGUCUUCCCUUACACGAUCACCAACGUGUUCUACGAGCAGUACCUGACCAUGAUCCCUGAGGGGCUCUUCACGCUCACCAUCUGCCUGGUGCCCACCUUUGCUGUCUGCUGCCUCCUGCUGGGCAUGGACAUCUGCUCCGGCCUCCUCAACCUGUUCUCCAUCAUCAUGGUCCUGGUGGACACUGUGGGCUUCAUGACCCUGUGGGAUAUCAGCUACAAUGCUGUGUCCCUCAUCAACCUGGUCACGGCCGUGGGCAUCUCUGUGGAGUUCGUGUCCCACAUCACCCGCUCCUUUGCCAUCAGCACCAAGCCCACGCGGCUUGAGAGGGCCAAGGAGGCCACCACCUCCAUGGGCAGCGCGGUGUUCGCGGGAGUGGCCAUGACCAACCUGCCCGGCAUCCUCGUCCUGGGCCUGGCCAAGGCUCAGCUCAUCCAGACCUUCUUCUUCCGCCUCAACCUCCUCAUCACCGCGCUGGGCCUGCUGCAUGGCCUCGUCUUCCUGCCGGUCACCCUCAGCUACCUGGGGCCUGACGUCAACCCAGCUCUGGUGCAACAGCAGGAGCUGGAGGAGGAGGCGGCUGCGGCCGAGGCGGCCCCCCGCUCAAAGCGCCCCGCGCCGCCGACCACGGCCAGCACUGUCUAUGUCAGCUACGGCUUUGAACAUCCUGCCAAGAGCGGGGGUGGCCUGGGUAGCUCUUGGCCUCACAAUAGGCAGAAGCUCUGAUGGAGCUGGAGCCCCCGUCCAAGUUCACCGGCCCGGACCUGAGGGGCCAUGAGGGCUCCUCUGUGGGGGGGGUCCCUUGACCCAUCCUCCCCCUCAGGGCCUGGGAGAGGCUGUCCCCACAGGAAUGGCCACGACAGGUCACCCUCUGGCCAUGAGAUCUCACCCACAGGGACACACGAUUGUGAUGGAGGUGGCGCGCGGUGGCGUGGGUGUGAUCUGGUCCUCAUCCGUCUCUUGAAUUUGGCGUGUCCUCCUCAUGCACGUUUUAAAACGUUAGUUCUGUGUAUGUAAACAUAUGAUAUUAUUUCACAUUUAAAAGUUUUUCUUAAUUGAUAUUAUACUUGACCUAUCCUUUUGCAAUGAGGUUUGUUUUUUUCAUGCAACAUACAUUUUUUGGAUUUACUCAUGUUGAUACAUGGAGGUCUAGUCCAAUCACUUGAGCUGCGACACAGCAUUCCACUGUGUGAAUGAACACGGUGUUUUUAUCCAUUCCCCAGCUAGUGGGCAAUCACAUUGUCCCCAGUUAUUUUUCUCCUGUAAGCCCACAGUCACUUUUGUGGAAUUCAGAGCCCGCAAAGCUCUGAAAACCUACUGUGUUUGUCUCUUUUUCUCCUGUAAGUUUGGGACAAACUCAUUUGGUGGCAAAACCCGAUCAGACAAGAUGCAUCUCUUUAUACUCUAUAAAUAGGAUACUUACACUCUUCAGCCGACUUACUGUGAAUAGUCAUAUAUUUCCGCGCAUUAAUGAGUUUGAUUUCAUGUUGCUGCCCCAGAUCCUCCUGGGGUCUAAUAUCUAAUGUACUGUAAGCAUCAAAUCACCUUUCUAAAAAAUGUUCUAAAUUCUGAAAUUCAGCUCACCUAUGGGAUUUCAGGUAUGGAACCAUGGACCUGUGUGAUGAGCCCGUGCUUACACGCCUCCUGUCUACGUGUGGGGAGCUACCAUCGCUGUAGCACGGAACGGCCUACAGGCAAAUGCCUCCCAGAGAGGUUGCCC